CAGAAGCAGAGGGUGAGGACGGCUCUGACACUGCUCCCUGCGGGCUGAGAAAACACAUCGUCAAGCCUUAUUCGGGAGACUGUUUUCAAUUAACUCCCUCUGCAAUCAGUAAUCAAACUUUCCCAUCAACGAGGAAGGGGGCAGCUUCCAAGACAGAUCCUCCGGCUCUGGCUUUCUUUCAAUCCACCUUAGUACAUUGUAAAUUCUGGAAAAGAGGCUUCCAAAAGUCAUGGCAGCAACAGCCGACAAAGAACCUAAAGCUUUCUCACUCUUCAAGCUUAGAAGAGAUGUCUUACUGUGAAUAAUUUUAUUGUUGAAGAUGUGUACGUGCAGUUUAUGAGAAAAUAUUUUCCUCAGAGAUCGGCAGGGUGUCAGAAUAAGCUGCUUCUCCCCCGUACAACACAGAUCGUGAUCGAGGAUGGAUUUGAAGGGCUUGUUCAUCGCCUGCGCGAACCUUGGGAUCUUCACGGCCUGUCCACCAAGCGGACGGGUCAAUCAGUGUGUUGGCCCCAGGAGUGUGAGGUCAUUAAGGAGCGGAUUCGACACAUUGUGGGAAUUCCAUUAGAACCAGAACCUCUCUACACUCCAUCUGGGUUGGAGGAAACAUCAACCUGCACAGAUGCUGAGGAAGGUGAAGUGGUUUACAUCACUAAUAAAGCCAGCUCGAAACACUUCACCUUCUCCCGUGUGGGGGGCAGUGCUCAGCCCCUGAGCCAGGCGGCCGUUAACCUCGACAAGCAGGACAACACGCUGAGAUUUGAGGCUCGCUUUGAGUGUGGAAAUUUGCAGAAAGUUGUGAAAGUGGGUGAGCGUGACUACAACCUGAUGCUGUGCACAGACCUCUACACAACCAGGCAUACACAAUGGUUCUACUUCCAGGUGCAGAACACACACAAGGCAGUGCCCUACCGCUUCACUAUCGUCAACCUGACGAAGCCGACCAGCCUGUACAACAGGGGCAUGAAGCCCCUCAUGUACUCCAGCAGGGAUGCCAGUGAGGGCCGCCUCGGCUGGCGCAGGGUUGGCACCCACAUCAGGUACUAUAAGAGCACGUGCAGGGGUGAGGGGCACCAGUUCUACUCCCUCACCUGGACCUUCCAGUUUCCCCAUGACUUGGACACCUGCUACUUCGCCCACUGCUACCCCUACAGUUACUCUGACCUCCAGGACUACCUGCUCGACGUGGCCACCGAUCCAGUCAAGUCCAGCUAUUGCAAGACCCGAGUCCUCUGUCGCUCGCUGGCCGGCAACAUGAUCUACCUGCUGACGGUGACCAACCCCUCCGAGAGCCCCGAGGCGGCGGCGAGGAAGAAGGCGGUGGUGCUGACCGCCCGCGUCCACCCGGGCGAGAGCAACAGCUCGUGGGUGAUGAAGGGCUUCCUGGACCACCUCCUGGGCGACUCCGCUGAUGCCCACCUGCUCCGGGACACCUUCCUCUUCAAGAUCGUGCCAAUGCUGAAUCCGGACGGGGUGAUCGUAGGGAACUACCGCUGCUCGCUCUCCGGCCGGGAUCUGAACAGGCAAUACCGCAGCCUGUUGCAGGAACGCUACCCCCCAGCGUGGUAUACCCGGAAGCUCGUCAAACGGUUGGUGGAAGAGCGAGUGGUUUUAAUUUACUGCGACUUGCAUGGACACAGCCGGAAACAGAACGUCUUCGUGUAUGGCUGCCAGGAGCACGGCACGGUGUCGUCGUACCUGAACCAGCGAGUCUUCCCUCUCAUGUUGAGCAAGAAUUGUGAUGACAAGUUCUCCUUCCCGAGCUGUAAGUUCCACAUGAAGCGGGAGAAGGAAGGGACAGGCCGCGUGAUGGCAUGGAGGAUGGGUGUGGCUAACAGUUACACACUUGAGGCCACCUUCUGUGGCUCCACCUUGGGGAACAAAAGGAAUAUUCACUUCAAUGUGAAAGAUCUGGAGGAGAUGGGCUUCCACUUUUGUGACACUCUGCUGGACUACUGCGAUCCCGACCAAUCAAAGUACACACAAUGCAUUAACCAGCUGAAGAACCAGAUGAAGGAAGAUAUUGCAGCCAAAAUGGGAAUUCCUGGUGCAGCUUACGACUCUGAUGCAUCACUCAGUGACAUCUUGUCCUGCAUUGAGUCCAGCACCACAGGAUCGAACAGCUCCGAAUCUGAUGAGCCACCUUGGAAAUCAGUUGGCAAGGAAUGUGCUAAAUUCCCCAGAAAGCAGAAUUUGGUGAAGAGAAGAAAGCAACUGAAAACCAAAAGGGAGAGAGAAACCUCCUACUUGAUUCGGAAGGCAAUGAGCACUGAGAAGCAUCACAAGUUUUCUUCACGAGCAAAGACUCCCGAGACAUCUGCGGAGGACCAAGCUGAGAAGUUGCCGAACCGCACCUCCCAGCAACAUGAUAGUGAGCCAGACUCAGACACGAAUGUCAAUGAUCCAUGCAAGCCGAGCGAAAGUUCACUGUGUGAUGACCGUCUAUCUGGAAGAGUAUCUGUGAAACGACACUGCGCCACAAAAAAAUUUAGGUUGGUUCCGAACACGGACAACACAAGGAAGGGAACAGCUUCUCUGGUGCCGCACCAGCUUGAGUUUCCAGUUCAUUUCUUACCUGUUGGGAAAACAAAGUUUCCUUUCUUCAACCAAGUGGAGAGCAAGAAGUGGAGGAUGCCCAGAAACAACACUAUCUAUAAUGUUCUUGCUGUGCCCGCGUCCCUCUUGGCAUCAGAUGGAUUCAGCAAUGAACCCACCUCUGGGACCUUAGAUCCAGAGCAUGUGUUAAACUCGGAUGAACUGCUGCAGUCUAGAGGGCCAGUCAGAGACCCUGACCAUCAAGAGGAGGUGUGCUUGGCUUCGACUGGUGUGCCCAGUACCAGAGGAGGGAGCAAUCAGCCUCUCUCAAGAAAACAAGGUAAAACAAUAACAGAAUGACAAAACAAACUGAUGAAGGUAGGGCAGUGGAUGUGGUGUAUGCGGAUGCAGUCGUGCAUGGCGAGAGCGUGCAAACUCCCUGCGGAGAGUGGCGAGAUUCAGACCUCCAUCUUACAAGUGGCUGCUGUAAAGUAUCGUGAUG